AUGGACGUGGAUGUGGAUGGGGAUGAUCCUCCGCCGUUUGAUCAUCAUGAGGAGGAUGGGACUUCUGAAGACGAAAGCGAACCCGAGGCGCCUGUCGACCUCAUGGUCACGUCACGGGCCAGGAGAUCCAAUGCAGGCAAUCGCAUGUCCAUCCUGCUCGCCAAGUCGGCAGAGGAGGAAGAGGAUUGGGGCGAGGAAUGGGAGGACGCGCCGAACGAGGAAGACUUCAAGGGCGAAGAUGCGAACGAGCAAGAGGACUACAACCUGGACUCUUCGUCUUCGGAAGAGGAAGAUGGGGGCGGCGAUGACGACGAAACAGGCGAAAAAGAGCUGCGCAAGGUGGAGCGCCAGGAGCAGACCAAGAAGCGCAAAGCAGUUACAAAUCCCUUUGCUGCCGCGCGAAUGGCUGCCGCCUCACGAAAGAGGGUCAAGCUCGAUGGUGUGCACGCGCAGUCGCCUUCGAUGGCCCCUCCACCGCGACCCAAGAAGAAAUCCGAGAGGGCAUCCUGGAUACCCACCGAAGAAGAUGGACCCGUUCGAGCAUCUUCGCGGAAACAGACCAUUGCAAACAAAGAGUCUACCCUGACUAAGCUGAAGGAGAAGGACAAGAGACGAGAUGAUACCCUGGCCAUGAUGAAGGCCGCCGAGGCUCGAAAGGCAAAGGACGAGCCAAAGCCCUUGACCCAGGCAGAGAGACUUGCUGAAGCUGCACGAAACGAACGAGUGAACAAAAAGACGUUGCACAGGUGGGAAGAGGCGGAAGAGGCGCGGGCUGCCGACAGACAAGCUAAGAUUGACGCCCUGAAGAAUCGACAGAUCGACGGGCCGUUCAUUCGGUACUACAGCGGACCUGCCAUCUAUGUAGACGACAAGCUCAAAUACACGGGGAAAGAUGCACCCUCACUUGAACACCUGGAAGACAAACUCAACAGGAACCUCACUGCGACGGACUCAGAAACCGUCACAGCCGAAUCCGCUGAGCAACCCGUCGACGAGGCAGUCCCCAACGGCCCUAUGAACCAAUACCAAACUUCUACAAACCCACCAUCCAUACCUUCGAUACCAACCUCGUUGCCACCGCAGCAAUCAUCAUCUCAGCAGCCAUGGACUCCAGCAUCGCAGGCAAUUGGCGGCGACGUCUUCAUGGGCGGAGACAUCUUCAUGGGCUCCCACAGCAUGCCCUACCCCAGCAGCAUCAUGUUCACGCCCCCACAAAACCAAGACUCCUUCCUCUACGGCAUCGACCAAUACGCUCAAGCUCAGCAACCCCAAUCCACACCUUCCGACCUCCCACCAAACCCCUUCUCCGCAGCCUCCUCCUACAAUCCCUACAACGCACCCCAACUCCCCUUCACACACCCCCAUCCGCACCCCUCCCUCAGCGACCCCCUCCUCACGCAAGACCCCACCGCCACCCACUCAUCAGUACUCUCCUCCUUCCAAAAGCCGCUCCUCCCCGCGCCUCCCCCACGCAAGAAGCAAAUCCGCCGCGCCCUCCGCAACCUCCUCAUCCUAUCCUCCUUCCCAGACCUCGACGCCCCACCCUCCUCCUCACGCUACAAAUCCACCGCCUCGCUCACAAAAGACAAAGACCGCACCGCCCUCAUCCACCUCUGCACAACCCUCUUCCACUGGUCCCCCGCCGACGCAUCCACAUUCGUAAACGUCAUGCUCGUCAAGCCCGUCAGCAAAAAAGCCGCUGCGGAGCGCGACGCCGCCCUCCGCCCAAAAGUCGUGCACUGCGAAAUCACGAACAAGGUUGCUAGGUACAGGGAUCCUGAGACGGGCAUCGCGUAUAGGGAUGCGAGGGCGUUUGGCGUGCUGAGGGGCGUGGUAGGGGGUGGCUUUGUCUGGAGCGGCGAUUUGGGAUGCUAUGUUGGUGGCAGGGCGAAGCCGCUCGAGAGUAUGGGCGGUAAGGGGUUUUUGGGUAUGCCGCCUGCGGCGGGCGUGCCGAGGAGGUUCUUGGAAAUGAGGAGGAUGGGGCCGCCGCCUAUGCCGGCACUUGCGCCUACACCUACGCCGGCGCCUGCGUCUGCGCCGUCGCAGAUGCCUGUGGUUGAUGCUGCGUCAGAGAGUGCGCGGCGGGGUCCCGCUGUUGUGAAAGUGGAGGAUGUUGCUGGGACGUGA